CUGAACAUAAACACUGCGGCUGCUGCUGCUGUGUGGGAGUGAGGUCUCUGUUCCAGCAGCUCCAGCGGAGGACACUGAAACCCCCGAACAGCAGCGAAUACAGCUGGUUAACCUCUGUCACUGCUCAGUGAUAUUCAUCUUUACCUAUACAGUUAUGGCAGAUCCUUGGCAAGAAUGUAUGGAUUACUGUAUCGAUGUAACAAAAGAGGCUCGGAAGAUGAUUUGUGAAGCACUACAGAGAGACAAAUCUAUCGUGGAGAAAAGCUCUCCAGUAGAUCUGGUCACAGAGACAGACCAGAAGGUAGAGGAGCUCAUCAUAUCAUCCAUCAAGAAGAAGUAUCCCACUCACAGUUUUAUAGGUGAGGAGUCAGUGGCUGCUGGAGCCCCCAGUAUUCUUACAGAUGAUCCCACCUGGAUCAUAGACCCUAUAGAUGGAACCACGAACUUUGUCCACAGGUUCCCCUUUGUGUCAGUCUCCAUUGGGUUUACAGUGAAUAAACAGAUAGAGUUUGGGAUUGUGUACAGCUGUUUGGAGGACAAGAUGUACACUGCUCGAAAGGGGAAAGGCGCGUUCUGCAAUGGAGUUCCAAUCAAAGUCUCGGAGCAACAAGACAUCACCAAGUCCCUUGUACUGACAGAAAUUGGCUUUAAGAAGGAUCCAGAAAACUUCAGAACAAUGAUAUCCAAUAUGGGGAGCAUCCUUUCCAUUCCAGUUCAUGGGAUUCGGGCCCCUGGCAGUGCAGCUGUAAAUAUGUGUUUGGUGGCGAGUGGCGCAGCAGAUGCCUACUAUCACAUAGGAAUCCACUGCUGGGAUAUGGCAGGAGGGGCAGCCAUAGUUAGAGAGGCUGGAGGAGUCAUCAUGGACAUUACAGGGGAAGAGUUUGAUCUAAUGUCUCGGAGACUGAUCACAGCCAGCAGCCGAAGCAUAGCAGAGUGCAUCGCCAAGAAAAUAAAGCCGUUCCCUUGUGGACGAGAUGAUGCUGAGAAUUAGAUCACAUGCUGCCUUGUGCACUGAAUGAAGGGGAAAAAAAUACAAGCCUUCUAUAUGCCAGUAUUAAAAAAGAAAAGUUGUCACUGAAGCCAUAUUGCAUUUCUUUGCCUUAGUAAACACAUGGUAUAAUUUAUUUUCAUUAUUUAACAUAAUUUAUGGAUUUAAUGUGACGUUUCAUGAAAUGUGUAUGUAUAUGUAGUAGCUGGCUCAGGUACAUUUGUGCAGAUUAUACACCGUUAUGUUAAACACUAAUCUACAUGUUGGAAAUGAUGUGAUUAUUAGAUUUGAAAAAUGUGUUUCUAAUCAAGAGUGCAUUGUAUAAGCUAUGUAUUUCCAUCAGUUUCCAAAUGGGCUAAAUAUCUGCAGUGUGAAAGUUUUAAAAUACCAAAUCUGCAAAGAUAAUGUUUCUACUAUUGUUAAGGUAGCACUUUUGGAGGAUUUUGGGAGAAAAACAUUACCUGUUUCUCUCCUUUUUUAUUUAUUUUUUUUAACUAUGUUUUAUAUCUUACCUCAUCAUGACAGUGUCGUUGAAGCCAUAUAUCAGACAGUAUCCAUCCAUGCAUUGUCAAUACCUGCUUUAUCCUUAUUCCUCAGCACACACUUUCAUGAGUUUGGUUAUUUGUUAGAAUUUCCUGCCAUUUUAUAUGGAAUGGUUUAAUGGCUGUAUUGUAUUUAAAGUAGUGGUGACAAUCGAUUAAAAAAAAGGUAUUAAAUUAAUU